CUGUAGAUGAGGAAUGACUAUUUCUGCAUGACUAUGGUAUUCAAGAGAUCUGAACUGUGUCAGCAAACUCUUCACUGAAGUACCCUUGGAAGACUACAGAUCCUUUUGCAGCUGUUAGGCAUAGGUGUCUCCUGAAUUCUCACUAUGUCUGAUGGGGACUAUGAUUACCUCAUAAAAUUUCUAGCACUUGGUGACUCUGGAGUAGGAAAGACCAGCCUUCUUUACCAGUAUACAGAUGGCAAAUUUAAUUCCAAGUUUAUCACGACGGUGGGCAUUGACUUUCGGGAAAAGAGAGUGGUGUACAGACCAAAUGGGCCGGAUGGGGUUGGUGGCAGAGGACAGAGGAUACAUCUUCAGCUCUGGGAUACAGCAGGGCAGGAAAGGUUUCGUAGCCUGACAACAGCUUUCUUCAGAGACGCUAUGGGCUUUCUUCUGCUCUUUGAUCUGACAAAUGAGCAAAGCUUUCUGAAUGUCAGGAACUGGAUAAGUCAGCUACAAAUGCAUGCGUAUUGCGAAAACCCCGACAUUGUGUUAUGUGGAAACAAGAGCGAUCUGGAAGACCAAAGAAUGGUGAAAGAAGAGGAGGCUAAGGAACUUGCAGAAAAAUAUGGAAUACCGUAUUUUGAAACCAGUGCAGCCAAUGGGAAUAAUGUAAGCAAAGCCAUUGAAACCCUGCUGGACCUCAUUAUGAAGCGCAUGGAACGCUGUGUGGAUAAAUCCUGGAUCCCAGAAGGGGUGGUGCGCUCCAACGGGCACAGCUCCACCGAACAGCUGAAUGAGGAGCAAGAAAAAGGCAAAUGUGGCUGUUAACUCAGUUACAAUCAAGUUUAAUGCCUAUGAUAUAGUACAGUUGCAGCUUAACUGUUUAACUUAUGGACAAAUAACAU